AGACACGAUCUGUGUAGGAUAAGGCAGACUCUCUCUCGAUCAAGGGUGUGCGAAGAUGGAGAACUCUCCCUCCCCUCCAGAGUGUCGUGGAUCCACGGAGGAUGGCUCACUUGUGAUUACCGGUGAGAAAUCCAAACGCCACGAGUACUUCGAGGCGUAACGCUCUGGCGACCGCCUCCGUCAAAUCCAUGAAUAGAGGGGCUAACGAUGCAGAGAAGAAGACAGACUGCAAUGCCGGGCUAGGGUUUCGACCUCAAUACAUCCCACGAGACACACUAACAGGAACACGGAAGAAACUGCGGGGAUGACGGUGAACUUGGACUAUGUAUGAACUUCAGCUAUGGACGGCAUCGUUGGACCACAACAAAGGGCGAACACUCAGCAAAGGUCACACAAGGGUCGAUCAAAUGUACAUGCGCUCGGCCAAAGUACCAAUACAGAAACGCGCUCUAGAAAGACUUGGAUUUUGGGUCGGCAAAUAUGGGUCCUUUAUACCCGAUGCUCAAAGCCAAGCUGUACUGGAAGAUGGAUGUGAGUAUGUAUCCAUUUCUUGGCACUUGCCGGGGGCAAUGCCGCAAUUGUUUGCUGCCUGAAAUCACGGAGCAAAGCCAUCUCUCUGAGAGUCACGACCUCAUGGUACUUGAUUCAGUCGUGCAAAUCCUCAGAAAAUGUGUUUCACCUAAAAUGAAUCGAAUGCCAGGUUUACAAUGAAGAGCGAUGACUCGAUGUAACGCACCAGGUUCUGUGGGAAGAAACACUUCUUCACACUCUUUUUUGAAGUGCACCGAGUGUGUAAUGCUGCAUCAAGUCGCUGCAUCCCCACCAUGGUGCCGAAAACGGUGUUGAAGAAUUUGGCACGAACGGGGUCUUUCAUGUGAAGGAAGAGGGAAGAGUCGGCGAGACACUUCACCCGAACGCUAGCAGAGAACAUGCGUCAGAAGCUGUCGCAAUAAAUCAUCAUGCCCAACCUACCGACGACCCCUCGACGAGGAAAAGGUUGCUAGAAUUCUUCAUUCCUCUUACCAUCAGGUCGACGGCCCGGAAGAUCCUAGCACGUCUGUAGUAGAGAUUUGUGUUGGGAUCGAGUUUGUCGAUGUCCCUGGCUACCGAGCCCCCGUCACAGUACCUAACGAUCACUCGAUUCCAGCUGUAGAAAAAAGUGUCGUUCGCGUGACUGCUGAAAAUGUGUCUAAAAGGGGAAACAUUAGUGUGGCGGAGAGAGCCAAGGUCAAUGGUAGCCCGACUACGACAACUCUCAAUAGAAUGGUCUACAACUUCAUAAACGGUGGAGUUCAGGCACUAUCUGGCACCUUGGAGGU